AUGCCUUUGGCGUGCAGGCCGCUCUCGCGAAGAGAGAAAGAGUCGCGCGCCCGCCUGUUGGUGCUGCAGCCGGAGGAAGGUUCCCGGCCCUCGCGUCGGAGGACUUCCCAGAUGGCGCCCCUUCCCUCGGCCUCACAGAAGCCCCGCACAAGGGCGCCGAAACGGGCUCCUGCUGCUACCGGGACCGUGCGCCCCAUGCAGCACACCCACUGCACGUCUGAGGGCGCAGGUGUCCUUCUGACCGCAGCCCCGCUUCUCUGUGCCUGCCCCUCGCCGGCGGUCGGCCCCACUGGAGCAAGCAUGAGGAACACAGCGUGUUGCAUACCGGUCUCGCGCAGAGGCCAGGACGGCGAAGCCCUCCUUCAGGAACACCUCCUGGGAGGCGCCCUGGGCAGGGGGGCCAGCCUGGGAGGGCGGUGCGCGGGGCCGGCGGGGCUUCGGGGUGGAGGAGCAAAACCCGUGCCACGGGAGAACUUCCGGACGACGCCACUGCCCGGCAUGCCACACACGGUCCCGCGAAGAGAGAAGCAGUCGUGA